ACUUGGUCUAUUUAGAAAUGGGUUUUCCCUUAGGCCCCCUCUGUCGUCUCUCUCACUUCAUGAACAGAGAGUUUUCAUUCUAUUCCCAGAAUAAUUUCAAUCAAAUCUUGGAGGAGUUCAUUCAAAGUCCGUCGAUUGAUGAUCAAGGUAGGCCAAUCCAACCAACCCAAGAGGAGCUCAUGGACAUGUGGAUUAAGGCGGUUGGUGGCGUGCAUAAGGGGAGAGUCUACGGCCUUGGAUCAGAGUUUAGUCUCAGUCAUCAUACUUCUGGAUUGUGUGGUUCUUAUUUUUCCUCACAUUGCUCUUUUGAUGUGGAUGAGUUUGAGCAAUUGAAUAGGAAGGUGGCUAUCACGCCCCAAACUCGGGGAGCACGACCGGCGCUCAACCGAGAGAACCCGGCCGAGCAAGCCUGUUAGAUUUUCUUCUACCCAAACUCAUCCAUGAA